CAGGUCUUCCACCCAAUGGUGUACGCGUCCUUGCUGCCCGUGUUUGCUGGCGUCGCGCUCGCGUCUUCCAGCGAGCUGUCCUUCACCAUGUUCGGCUUUCUGACGGCCAUGGGCUCCAAUUUUGCAUUCGUUUCCCGCAACGUCCUUGCAACGAAGUUCGGCAAGGCUGGCGACAUGGGAGACGACCAGCAGACUAGGAAGACGAACCAGCUCGCGGUGCUGACCAUGGUGGCGGCGGCGGUGCUGUUCCCGGUCUGCCUCUUCAUCCCCGGCGGGCUGACGUCGAUUCCCUCGGCGUGGGCUGGCGCCAUGAAGGCGGGCGUGAGCGCCGGCAAGCUGACCUCCCUGUUGGUCGCCUCAGGCUUCUACUUCUACAUGUACCAGCUGUCAUCCUUCUGGGUGCUGUCCUGCGUGCCGCCCAUCACGCACAGCGUCCUCAACACCCUGAAGAGGGUCGUCAUCAUCAUCGUGUCGAUCAUCGUCUUCCGCACUCCGGUGACCGUCCAGAGCGCUUGCGGCACCGCAACCGCCAUCGGUGGCGUGCUGCUGUACUCACUCACGAAGUCCUACUAUGCGAAGAAGGCGAAGGAGAGCAAGUGAGCGUGCGCGGGGAGCAGCCGGGCCGCCCUCGCGUGCGCGGCAAGGGGCAGGCGGAGCCUCCCUGGGCGUGCUCCGAGCUGGCAGGGCUGGCGCUGUGCAGGGAGGCGUGCUCGGGAAGCAGGCGUCUCAAGCCCACGGGCGCCCCAUGCCGUUGCUAUCCGAGGGGCAGGGGGAGAUUUCUGCUGGAUGCUCGUUUUGGUCCUCUCCCGCGCGCCCCGUGUGCGUGGCUUUUCUUGCUGCUGUAUCGUGCGCCGCGCCCACGCCCCGGCCGCGCCGCUCCGAGCGCUGCCGGCGGUUUUUUUGGGCGCAGUUUUCUCGCUUCUCUCGCCCGGCGGCUGCAGCAGGUCACUGACUCAAAACAGACGCCCAAUCCCAAAAACGCGGGGUCCAAG